AUGCCCAAAGUUCAGAAGGGAAAGCGCAAUAAUGCGCACGCGGAUGCCGCCGCCAAGACAAAGGCUGCGCACAGCAUCUUCAAGAUGAAUACAGAUAUCGGCCAGCACGUGUUGAAGAACCCCGGUAUUGCUGAGCAAAUUGUGAUUAAAGCCGACCUCAAGCAAAGCGACAUUGUCCUCGAAAUUGGCCCUGGUACCGGUAAUUUGACUGCCAAAAUUUUAGAAAAGGCCAAGAAGGUCAUCGCGGUGGAACUGGAUCCUCGAAUGGCCGCAGAAGUUACAAAGCGUUUCCAAGGAACUCCCCUGCAGAAGCGCUUGGAAGUCAUCCUCGGCGAUGUGAUGAAGACAGAGCUGCCAUACUUUGAUGUCUGCAUCAGUAACACGCCUUACCAGAUCUCUUCACCUCUUACUUUCAAAUUACUCGCCACCACACCUGCUCCCCGGACGUGUGUCCUCAUGUUUCAGCGUGAAUUUGCUCUGCGUCUAUUCGCCAAACCCGGCGACAAGCUCUACAGUCGACUGUCUGUCAAUGCGCAGAUGUGGGCCAAGAUUGAUCACAUCAUGAAGGUCGGAAAAAACAAUUUCAAGCCUCCACCCUUGGUUGAGUCCAGCGUGAUUCGCAUGGUGCCCAAGGUUCCCCGGCCACAAAUCAAUUACGAGGAAUGGGACGGCCUGCUGCGCAUCGCAUUUGUGCGAAAGAACAAGACACUUCGGGCCAGCUUUAUUGGUACACCCAGCAUUAUGAACAUGCUCGAGCAAAACUACCGCACCUGGUGUGCUCAAAACGACAUUCCCGUGGAGGAUGGCCCCGUGGAAGAUGCAGAGGGUGAUGUUAUGGACAUGGGCGGGGAGCAGGACCCAGAAGGCGACGAGGAUGUCCCUGAUGAGGUCAUGGAAAUGGACGAUGAUGACGUUCCCGAUUUCUUCAAGGAGGAAGCCAACGCACGCAUUCAACAGGCGCUCAGCAAGCCUCAGCGUAAGAAGCGCGGAAAGGUCUCGGAGCUGGUUCGUGAGAAGGUGCGGCAGGUUCUGGAAGACGAGACCGGCCUGGCCGAGAAGCGCGCAAGGAUGUGCGAUGAGAAUGAGUUCUUGAAGUUGCUGUGGGCGUUCAACCAGAAGGGUAUCCACUUCAACUGA